CAGCGCGCUCGCCAGGUUGAGGAGGUCAUGGGGAACCUGGCAGAGGUUGUAGAGUUGCGGGAGCAGUUGGCAGGGGCACUGAUGCCCUAUGGUUUUGAGGUGUAUCCUUUCCAGGUUGGAUGGUACAAUGCAGUGCUGGAGCCAGCCUUCCACCUCCCUUACCCAGAUGAUACAUUGGCGUUUGUCGUACUGAGCACACCUUCAAUGUUCGAAAAAGCAUUUAAACCAUUUCUUGCUGAGCACACACUGCAGAAACUCCGAGAUCCUAUUGAUCAGUGCAUCUCAUACCAUUUGUCACUAGCAAAGGAGCAUUUUCCUUCUCAUAAAGUAGACGUCAUCUAUGAUUACGAAUUACAUCCCAACCGGCGUCCUAAAGCUCUGAUGCAAACAGCGGCGCAUGUGUCUGGAGCCGCCUAUUAUUAUCAACGCAAGGACGUAUCCCAGGAUCCUUGGGGUGAAAAGAAGAUGUUUGGUGUCUGCGUGCACGCGAGGUUUGGAGGAUGGUUUGCUAUCCGUGCUGUUACGUUAUUUGCCGAUGUGCAGGCUCCUGGCCUUCAGCAAACACCCCCCAUGGACUGUAUUCAAUCCCAGGAGGAUAGGAUGCAACUCCUGGAGCUCUUCAACUUCCACUGGCGAGACGGGAGGUACCGCGAUGUUCUGCAAGCCCAAGAAAGAUAUUCUGCAGAACAGACUCUUUACUUUGCAACUCCACCUGGGGAGAGACUGAAGCUUCUGGAGAUGUGGGGCCAACUUCAUCUCAGUCCGUCUGGCUGAUGUUGGACAGACUUGGCUUUCUUAACAAUAGGAAAGUGACAUACGCAGUACGCCCUAAUCAAGGGCAUUUUCUGCUUCUUCCUAUUGGUUACUUUUUUAUUUUAACCCCAUAUUCUCUCUUUAGGUGCUUGAAAUAGGAUCCUUAUGUAAAAAAAUAAAUUAAUCACUUUUGGACAUAGGAGACGAUUUAUAAAGCUCUGUAUGAAGCUUGAUGCCCCUGUUUCUGCGUGAGCCUUCAGGAUUACCGGAAACAGAAGUUAUGAAGCAGCGGUCUAAAGACCACAUAACUCGUCCGCCUGCUCUGAGGCUGCAGAGAGAAAUCAACCCGCUCGGAUACGAUCGGGUUGAUUGACACCCACUGCUAGUGGCCGAUUUUCCGCAAAUCUGCAGGGGGCGGCAUUGCACCAGCAGUUCACAAGAACUGCUGGUGCAAUGAUAAAUGCCAACAGCGUAUGCUGUCAGCAUUUAUCGAUGUGCAGCAGAGUAAGAUGAGUGGAUCUGAGAAAAACCGAUAAAUGUCCCUAAUCGCUGAUGUUAGAAUAGAGCAGCAGGUCCUAAAAGUUCUUUUAAACACUUUAUUUUAGUUGGGUGAUGGGAAAUAUUAAUAUUUUUGGCAUAUUUACUACUUUAUUUUUAUUUUAUUUAUUUUUUUUAAAUCAUUUUAAAAAUUUUAUUGUUUAAAAUCACUGUAUCUUUUAUGAAUGAAGUGGAUAACUCCACAUAUGGCCUUAAUAUUUUAUCCAAGAAGAUUAAGACAUUCGUGGUGACUGAGCCAUUACUAGAAACAAUGCUGUUCCCCUGUUUGUUCACAAUAAAUUCCUGUUUUGCUGCCA